AAAAAAAAGAUGAUCCGUUGGGAGUUUGCGGGUAAUCACGUGAUGCGGGGAAAGCAGCGGAUCGGCAAAAAGGCGGCUCGGAAGCCUGGCUGUCGGCAAUCGAUAACGGGCCGAAGAUCAUCUCGCUGAGGCCCCGGGUUUAUUUAGGCUGCUGCUGCCUCCUUCUCUGCCUCUUCACCAUCGACGCAGCACAACAGCCAUGGAAGGCAGACAGCAGCAGCAGCCCGUCUUCCUGCCGCUGCUCCCGCUCGUGCCGGACGAGGAGAUCGAGCAGCGGUCCCGCGUCCUGCGUAUCCGCAUCGACUCUUUCUGCACACGCGACCUCGAUGCGGUGCGUCAGUUCCUGAGCAAUAACCUCCCGCUCACAUACUCCAACUCGUUCCUCCUCCAAUUCAUCACCGCCCGUGAAUCCCGCAUGCUGAUUGCCCGUCACGCCUCUACAGACGCCAUCGUCGGCAUCGUCGGCGGCAGAUUCGUGCACUCGCUCGCCGACCGCCGUAUAUGCCACGGCCACAUCAUGAUCCUCGCCGUGGCCGAGCAGUGCCGCCGGUCCGGCGUCGGCCGCAUCCUUCUCCAGAAACUCGAGUCCAAGCUCCGCUCAUCCGCGUCCGCGACAGUCAAGACCAGCUUCCUCGAAGUCUCGCACACGAACGCUGCGGCAAUCAAGUUCUACCAGAACGAAGGCUACUCGAUCGAGAAGCGUGAAAAGGGCUAUUACAAUGGGAAGGUCGACGCCCUCAUCAUGAGAAAGUAUUCUCUAGCAACUGUAUAACACAACACAACGCAGUAUCAGUGUUUUUGGGUUAUUUAUUGAAAGUAAUCUGCUCUUUUGUUUUAUAUCUACAUCAUAGUUGAUGUAACCUGGCUACGGUGCAUGGUAUGUUUUCUACGUCU